GCAGAUGACGACGUGUCCCCCAUAUGAAAGGAAGCAACAAAAUAGACUGCCUUCUAAACAAGCACUGUGAAUAAUGUACGAGUUCUACUUUAAUUCAAGUGCCGAUAAACAUUGAAAACAUCUGUUGCUUGAACCUGAAUGCAUUAAGGCCAAAGGUUAAAGUGUCGUCAUGGUGUGUAACGUAGACGACCUAGACUUCUGCCUCUCUUCACAUCCAGGGAGCAUCUUAGAGGGCCUGCGCUCUCUCUGUUCUCAACCCAAGUUUGUGGAUGUCACCUUGAGUGCUGGUGGACGGGAUUUCCCAUGUCACAGAGGAAUUCUCGCACUCUGCAGCCAUUAUUUCCAUUCCAUGUUCUCAGGUGAUUUUGUGGAGAGCAUUGCUGCUCGUGUAGAGCUUCACGAUGUAGAUCCGGAUGUGUUGUCAACCCUGCUGGAUUUUGCUUAUACAGGGAAACUAACCAUCAACAAAAACAAUGUGGAGGGACUCAUUUGCACGUCCAGCCAACUCCAGUUCCACACCGUCCGCAGCGUGUGCUGUCGAUAUUUGCAGCACCAGAUUGAUGCAACAAACUGCUUGGGAAUUCUUGAGUUUGGAGAGAUCCAUGGCUGCCCUGAAGUGGUCGCCAAAGCGUGGAGCUUCCUUCUGGAAAACUUUGAAGCAGUGAAACAGCAUGAUGAGUUUUUGCAGCUGGAGAAAGACAGACUGGUGGCCUGCCUUAAGGAUGAGGAUCUGCACGUAAGAGACGACCGCUCAUGUGCCGAGGCAGUUGUGUCAUGGGUCGGGCAUAGUAGAGACAGUCGAAUCUGUGAUUUGCGAGAAUUGUUGAGUUUGGCUAAGCUUUCCCUCCUUUCAGAAUCCUACCUCACAGAGAACUUGCUUAAAGAGCCAUUGGUGCAGAACUCACUAGAAUCCAGAGAGCUGGUGGAGAGGAUAUGUAGAGAGAAGCGACAAUUGAAGGGAGAUGAGAAGACUGAGCAGAGAGCCACUCAGGCUGCUUUCAACCAGCAAGAAGUUUUAUUUGUGAUGGGUGGUCGCUCGCUGGAUGAUUUAGAUGAUGAAGACGAGGAUGAAGAUGAGAAUAGAGAUGGAAGGUUGCAUCCUAGAAAUUGUGGUUUCUACAACCCAAAGCUUGGACAGUGGUUUCAGCUUCCUGACUUUCCCAACUACAAUAAAUGGGGGUUUUCGGUUAUCUCCUUAAAUAACAAUGUGUAUGUCACAGGAGGAUCAAGAGGCUCUCAGUCCAACACCUGGUCCACCACAGAAACCUGGAAGUACAUUACUCGUGAAGGGAAGUGGGUCACAGUCGCACCAAUGUUGCGGCCGAGAACUAACCACUCUUCUGCAACUCUCAGUGGAGAGAUUUAUGUAAUCGGGGGAACUACAACAGAUUUUGUUGAACGUUACGACCCAUUCAGUAAUUGCUGGACUCUGACCAGUCCAGCACUGAAGUAUGUGACUAACUUUACAGUCACGCCAUGUGAAGGAAAACUGUACCUCAUUGGUUCUUGUGCAGUUAAAUAUAAUGCCCUAACCAUGCAGUGCUACAACCCUGUCAUAGAUAGCUGGUGUAUCAUCGGCUCUCCAUUCAUUCCUAAAUACCUCUCUUCUCCCUGUUCUGUCUCUAUGGAUGGAGUCAUUUACCUCAUUGGAGAUAACACUAAAAAGGUCUAUUCAUAUGAUCCAGACAGCAAUGUGUGGGAAAAGAUUCAGUUUCUAAACAUGCUUCAUGAGAAUGGAGAUUUGGUUGUUCUUGGAAGGUACUUGUUUGUGACUGGGGGGCACUGGAAGGGUAUGGAGGGCGAUUACGGUGUUGAGGUGGAAGUGUACAACCGAGCCUCCAACACGUGGAAGGUGGAGUGCUUCCUUCCCAGGCUCUGGACCUACAGUGGCUGCUGUUCUGUUUUCCUCGACACUUCUCAGUGGAAUGAAAUAUUCCCUGAUGAGACCUAGUGUCCUUCCCCUAAAGGCUGAUUUAUACUUUUGGCAGGGGCUCACGCCGUGGACCUCCGCUGACUCUGCGCGCACCUCAUGAAAUUGAUGAGGCUUUUAUACUUGACGCGUUCGCUGUUGUAAUAUUAUUUAAAAUGCCAGGGGCUGGUCAAAAGAAAACCACUGUAAAAUCAGAUGGAUAAACAUAAAAAUAGGACGUUUCUGGAACGACAGCAUAUCAUUAAUAUCGGUUAUGAUUUUAAAACAAAUUAUUUUUAUUAUUUUUAUUAAUUACUUUAAUAUUUAUAAAGAUUUUUAUAACCAUUCAAGAUUUUUUUUAAAUCAAACUUUGAUGCACCAAUUGCUUUUGUUCAUAUCUCAGACAGUUCCACCUAUUAUAGUUUAUUGAAAUACUAAUGACAACAGAACAUGGGUUGCUCUACACAUAUAUAUUUUAUAUAUAAAAAUAAAAGCAAAAAAGUCCACUUACUAAAAAAUACUGACUUUUUUUAGAUUUAGCCCACUCCACAAUUCCUACAUUACUGUCUGUCUAGUUUCUGUCCUCUACUGAUAUGCUAAAAAGGCAAUAACGGUCCAACAUUCCUGACCAUUAUCACCAAUAAAGCAUUGUAUGAAUGCAGGAUUUCACACAAUUUAUUCAUGUUGUACAAAUCGAAUGAAUACAAAUCGAUUAAGUUAACUUAACACUUUUAACAAGUUUAUGUGGAUCGAACAUUAAAAAAUGAAGUAAAAUUAAGUCCCAAUGAAAUCUCAAGAAUUGUGUUGUUUCAGCUCAUUUUAAAUAAGUAGUUUGAACAAGCAAAAAAUAAAUAAAUAAUAGGGCACCAGUAUAUUGUAAACCAAGGUUUUCCAGUUAUCAAAGAAAUAAUUUAUGACCAUUUAAAUUUUGUAACUAUUCAAUUGUUUUACAUUCAAAAUUAUAAUGUAUACAUCAGUGGAAAACCUAUGAAUGGUGGAAAAACAUAUUCUCUGAUUGUUUAUUAAAACCAUGGGUCUUCACUUUUGCCAUGGCCUCUUUUUUUGGUUUUAACCAACUUAUCCCUCAAGUUUCUCUGAACUUUUUAACAGAAACGUCCUUUCUCACGGCUGUUGAAAUUUCAAGCCAAGAAUUAUUGAUCAUCUGAUUAUCCCUGUGAUCACGCAUGGACAGAUCAUAUAGAUGUCUAUACAGGUGUACCUGUGUCAGACACAAUCUCUUUUAAGUGAUUAAUAUUCUUCUCAAAUCAAAUGUGGCGCAGCGUGAACUGUUCGCUCAAGCCUCAAAAAAUGUUGUGUGUUCCCCCAGCCGAAAUCAUGUCGUGAGCACCCAAAGCAAAGCCAACGCAUCGAUGACAUCACAGUCACCGCGUGCACUUAAGCGAUCUAGCGAACGCGUUUAGUAUAAAUCAGCCUUAGGCCCUGAUUUAUAACCUGUUCACAUUAAGGAGAGCUAUGAUAACAAUGAAGAUAUCAUUCUAAAUAGUGUGUUCUACAGUGGCUGAAAGUUCUCAAAUGGAUAUUGAAAAGGGAAAAAAUAUCACAAAUUGAGAAAACAUCAAUGUGACAACACGUUUGUACAAAUUCUCACAACACAAAAUAUAGAAAUGUGCUGCAAGUCAAGGAAGCACAUUCAUAAAGAAAAACACAUGCACAUUCAAGUUCUCUCAACACAUGCUAAUAGGUAAAAAUGCUGCAAAUAGCGCAGACCAAAAUGGAAAUGUGUCAGGGGACUCCAAAAAUGGACAAACAUGACUGCUUUCUGUUUAGAGUUGUUGAUAAAUCACUGUUCAUUUAACAUUAAUUGUACAAUUGGUCAGAUUUUUAGGGUUACAAAUAUGCACAUUCAAGUUCUCUCAAUACAUGCUAAUAGAGAAACAUGCUGCAAAUAGCGCAGACCACAAUGGAAAUGUGUUAGGGGACUCCAAAAAUUGACAAACACGACUGCUUCCUUUUAGGAGUUGGUAAUUCAAUUGUUCAUUUAACGUUAAUUGUACAAUUUGUCAGAUUAUUAGGGUUACAAAUAUACAAACAACAAUACGACCAGUACAUUAAGAAUAAACCACAGAACUCCAACACUGCUAACUCUAAACACGGAAUGGCUGUGUUUGUCACAUGUUUGUUGUGAUCUGCGCUAUUUGCAGCACAUUUCUGUAUGUGCUUGUGUUGUGAGAACUUGUGUGCGCUUGUGUUGUCAAUUUGAUUAGGAUGUUUCCUCAAUUUGUUAGUGUUUUUCUGCAAGUGUUUUCUUAAAUUGCACAUUUGAGCUCUCUUGGGCCUCUGUAGUAUUCACACUUUUAGUUCUUUUAGUCCAGACCAAAAGGAAAAUAAUGCAUUUACAUCUGGUUCCCUUAGCAUUCAGACUUUCAUUAGUAAGACUUAACCCAACAAUCCAACAACUACUAAAAAAAUUGCCAUAUGACAUAUUAGAUGUAUUUAAGUGCUGAACUAAACAUGCUCACUGUAUACAAGUCUUUUAUAGUAGUUAAAAUCUUCUUAAGAGCUAAUCAAAUGUGUAGAGGAUUCAAAACAGUGGCAGGAAUUUCUCAGACAUACAAAAUCUAUUAUAAGAAAACACAUUUCAGAUAUACUUUAACGAGAUAUUAGUAUAUAAUCAGAUAUACUUUAAUGUUCUGCCUUUUUUAUCGUCACAUACUGACAUCACAUUAUGGUUCAUCCUCAGAUUGUGUUGCAUUCAAAUUUGAAUCACUUGAUGCACUUGAAGGGUCUGGUAUGAGCAUUUAAACUUAUUCAAACCACACUAAUAGAGCAAAGUUUGUUUUUAUUGAACCAAACCUGUCAAGUGUGAACACAAUUUAAAGGAAGAGCAGAGUCCACCCCACACUUCUAAAAAUAAAGGAAGAGAUCCAUUUUUCUCAAAAUAAAAAUGCUAAGAGACAAUAGAUAAUAGAGUAUUUCCACUGGAAAACAAAAAACUGCUGUAUGUUUACAAAAAAAAAGAAUAUGGCCACUUUAAAGUUAUUUUCCUAUUGUGUUUGAUGUGUGUUAUUAGGACUUUGGUAAAAAUAAGAAAAAAAAGAGCACUUUUCUCAACCUGCACUUGUCAUUAUCAUUUAAAAAAAUAAUAAUUCUGUAAUCAGAUUAACAAUUAUAAUGUGAAAUGACUUGCUCUAAAUAUAACAUUUUUUUGUGCAUUUGUUUUUUUCUGCCUAGUUCAACUAGUUGUCUUUGCUUUUAUGUUGCCAGUGAAACUAUUUUUUAAUUAAAUGGCAUUUAGUUUGACACCUAAAUAUAGUAAAUAUACAUUAACUGGCCACUUUAUUAGGUACACCUUACUAGUACCGGGUUGGACCCACUUUUUCCUUUAGAACUGCCUUAAUCCUCUGUGGCAUAAAUUCAACAAGGUACUGGAAAUAUUCCUCAGAGAUUUUGGUCCAUAUUGACAUGAUUGCAUCACGCAGUUGGGUAAUUCUUCAACUACGGGCACUUUUAAGUCCUUUGAUCAU